GGGGCGCUGCUCCGCGUCCGCCACCUCCCUCCGCGCCCGGCUCUCCGCUCCGCUCCGCGCGCCCGCCGCUUCCUGCCGCCGCCGCCCGGGCCAUGGCGACCUGCGUGCGGCUGCCGCGCUGCGGGGCCCCGCGCCUCCGAUCCGCGCUCCUCGGCCCCCGCGCCGGCUGCGGGGCGCCCCGGCCGGGCCCGCUCCGGACCUACGCGCCGGGCCCGGGCGGCCUCCCCGCGGCGCUGCUGCGCACCGACUCCUUCGUGGGCGGCCGCUGGGUCCCCGCCGCCGCCGCCUUCCCCGUGCGCGACCCGGCCAGCGGCGCCGAGCUGGGCCGGGUGGCCGACUGCGGGGCGCCAGAGGCCCGCGCCGCCGUGCGCGCCGCCCACGACGCCUUCGGCAGCUGGAAGGGCGCCCUGGCCAAGGAACGGAGCGCGUUGCUUCGGAAAUGGUAUGAUCUGAUGAUGCGACACAAGGACGACCUGGCCAGGAUCAUCACCGCCGAGAGCGGGAAGCCGCUGACGGAGGCGCAGGGGGAGGUCCUGUACUCGGCCCAGUUCCUGGAGUGGUUUUCCGAGGAAGCGCGCCGCAUCUACGGCGACGUCAUCAGCACCGCAUCCCCGGAGAAGCGGGCCCUGGUGCUCAAGCAGCCGGUCGGUGUGGCCGCCGUCAUCACCCCGUGGAACUUCCCCAGCGCCAUGAUCACCCGCAAGGUGGGGGCCGCCCUGGCCGCCGGCUGCACCGUCGUGGUCAAACCCGCCGAAGACACGCCCUUCUCAGCGCUGGCGCUGGCCGAGCUCGCCAGCCAGGCCGGGAUCCCCGCCGGGGCCUACAACGUGGUGCCCUGCUCCCGGAGGAGGGCCCAGGAGGUGGGGGAGGCGCUGUGCACCGACCCGCUCGUGUCCAAGAUUUCCUUCACCGGCUCCACGGCCACCGGGAAGGCGCUGCUGCACCAUGCGGCCGACUCCGUGAAGAGGGUGUCCAUGGAGCUGGGCGGCCUCGCCCCGUUCAUCGUGUUCGACAGCGCCAACGUGGACCAGGCCGUGGCGGGGGCCAUGGCAUCGAAGUUCAGGAACUCGGGACAGACCUGUGUGUGCUCCAACCGGUUCCUGGUGCAGAGCGGGAUCCACGAUGCCUUCGUGAGCAAGCUGGCUGCGGCGAUGAGGGCCAGCCUGCGCGUGGGGAACGGGUUCGAGGAGGGGACGACUCAGGGCCCGCUGAUCAACGAGAAGGCGGUGGAAAAGGUGGAGACACACGUGAGCGACGCGCUGGCCAAAGGGGCCACCCUGGUGAUGGGCGGGAAACGGCACCCCCUUGGGAACAACUUCUUUGAGCCCACGCUGCUCAGCAACGUCACGCGGGACAUGCUCUGCUCUCGGGAGGAGACCUUCGGGCCCCUGGCCCCCGUGAUCAAGUUCCACACGGAGGAGGAGGCGCUGGCGAUCGCGAACGCGGCCGACGUGGGGUUAGCAGGCUACUUCUACUCCCAGGACCCCGCCCAGAUCUGGCGGGUGGCGGAGCGGCUGGAGGUGGGCAUGGUGGGCGUCAACGAGGGGCUGCUCUCGGCCGUGGAGUGCCCCUUCGGCGGCGUGAAGCAGUCGGGCCUCGGGCGCGAGGGCUCCAGGUACGGCAUCGACGAGUACCUGGAGGUCAAGUACGUGUGCCUCGGCGGCAUGUAGGGGCCGUGUUCUUCAGGAAAUAAGGGAGCUCGCUGCGCCCUGGCCCACGCCACCCCUCACUUCACAUGCCCCUCCAGGUGUCGGAACUACAACAGCCUCUCUGGUCCCCCACCCGAGGCUGUUUUCCUUGAGUUUCAGAGAGCGCGGAAGGGCGGGGAGACACACUGAUGUGAGACGUUGAUUGGUUGCCUCCCACACAAGCCCUGACCUGGGCUGGGCAGCAAUCUGCAACCCAGGUGCAGGCCUGGACCUGGACUCAAACCCUUGACCCUCUGGUCCGCUGGCGGGCGCCCGAACCACCGAGCCAAACCCCAACCACCGAGCCAAACCAGCUGUUAAAACUUGACAAAGGUUGUAAAGCUCGUCCAGACCUCCUCAUCUGCCCCUCCCCUCACCGAACUAGGGUCAUCUGGUGCCACGUGCCUGUGGCUGCAGACCCCCCGAGACCCAGCAGACUCCCCGAGACCUGCCACAGCACUGUCUGCCUCUGGGCUAGUGACCUCCAGGGCGUGACUCCGCCACCCUGAGGUGGCUCAGAGCUGAGACCAGAGGAGGGCUCCCUCCCCGCCCCUGUGUCACCUGCCGUGUGUACACAGCCCAGAGCGAAGAACGGUUUUCACAUUUCCAAAUGGGGGAGGGGAACAAUACUGUUUCAUGAAACUCACUCAGCGUCCGUAAAUACAGUUAUUGGAACACGGCCGCGGCCCUGCACCUGCCAGAGGGGCUGUGGCUACUCUCCCGGCCGAGCCGAGUAGCUGUCACAGGGACAGUGCGGCCCCCAAAGCCUGAAGCACUCACUGUGGUUCUUAGAGAAUGUCCCAGCCCUGACCUAGACCCAGAGGGAGGGACCCGGCCCUGCCCUAGACCCAGAGGGAGGGAGGGACCCGGCCCUGCCCUAGACCCAGAGGGAGGGACCCGGCCCUGCCCUAGACCCAGAGGGAGGGACCCAGCCCUGCCCUAGACCCAGAGG